AUGCCGCAGAGCCGUGUGCAAGAGGAAGCCAAGCUCUUCUGCCUGGAGGACAAGGAGCUGGCGUGCUUCGUCUGCCAGAGCUCCAAGCAGCACGAAGGGCACAAGAUGCGGCCGGUGCAGGAGACGGCGGCAGAUUUUAGGGCCAAGCUGAAGAACAUGGAGACCUCCCUGCGGGAUAAGGCGAAGGAUUUCGGGGCCGUGCAGCGCUCCUACAAGUCCAUCUCCAAACACAACCAGAACGACGCCCGCCAGCUCCAGGCGGACCUCAAGGAGGAUGACUACACCUUCCUCAUGACCCACAAGAACCGCAAGCGCAGGAUUGCCUGCACGGCCGAGGAGCCAGAGGCCGUGCCCUCAGGGAUGCUCCUCGAUGUCGCCAAGUACCUGGGCUCGCUGCAGUACAACGUGUGGAAGAAGAUGCUGGACAUCAUCACCGUAGUCCCCUUCAGCUUUGACCCCAACUCCGCGGCAGGCUGGCUCUCGGUGUCCGAGGACCUCGCCAGUGUCACCAACGGGGGCUACAAGCUGCUGGUGGAGAACCCCGAGCGCUUCACCUCGGCCCCCUGCAUCCUGGGCUCCCGCGGUUUCUCCACCGGCUUCCACACCUGGGAGGUGGACCUGGGCAGCAUCACGAACUGGCGGGUGGGGGUGGCCCGGCCAUGCAGUGGCACCCACUGGACCUUCCACCACGAUGCUCGCUCUGGCUUCUGGUACAUCUCCCGCCUGCCCGGGAAGGACGGCGAGACAUGCCGAGCGUCCAACGCGGCGCAUUCGGCGCUGGGUGAGGGUGACCUGCGACGGAUCCGGGUGGAGCUGGACUGCGACGAAGGGGAACUCUCCUUCUAUGACGCCGACCGCCAGACCCAUAUCUACACCUUCCACGAGAAGUUCGGCGGCACCGUCUUCCCCUAUUUCUACGUGGGGGGCACGCCGGUGGACACGGUAGACCUCACCUGGUGCGUCAUCUCCGACAUGGAAGUCAUCGAGCUCAACAAGCGGACUUCGGGGCAGUCCUUCGAGGUCAUCCUGAAGCCCCCGUCAUUUGACGGCAUCCCUGAGUUCAAUGCCUCCCUGCCCCGGCGACGUGACCCGUCCCUGGAGGAGAUCCAGAAGAAGCUGGAGGCGGCGGAGGAGAGGAGGAAGUACCAGGAGGCUGAGCUGCUGAAGCAUCUGGCCGAGAAGCGGGAGCACGAGCGGGAGGUCAUCCAGAAGGCCAUCGAGGAGAACAACAACUUCAUCAAAAUGGCCAAAGAGAAGCUGGCACAGAAGAUGGAGUCCAACAAGGAGAACCGGGAGGCCCAUUUAGCGGCCAUGCUGGAGCGCUUGCAGGAGAAGGUGUCCCUGCUCCCUGUGAAGAUCCAGCCCUCUGGUCAUGGACACCUCACCAAGGUUUUUUGA